AUGACAACUCAUAAUCUUUUCGAAAGACCUGAAUUACUUGACAGUCAAACUCGUUUAAUUUUAUCUGCUGAUACUAAACCAAAACGAUUAAUCCGCAGUGCAACACGAUCAGCUGGACAUCAUGCUACACAUGAACGUUCAGAUUCAGCUGUAAGCGCAACUGCUAUUCAAGAAGUAGAUAAUGAAUUAUUAGAUGAAAAUGCUGAAACAAAUAAUGAAAAUUUUCCUAUAAGACAAAUUUCAGUUAUAUCAAAUGAAAUUGAUUAUGACACUGAUCUUGAGCAAGAGCAAGAAUCACAUCGUGAUUAUACAUGUAAAGGUAUUUAUAUGGAUCAGUGUCGUCGCCACAGUCUUAUACCAUCUUCACAUUUUUUACGUCAUGUUGAUAAUGAAACAUUAGCAAUACGCUAUUGUGGUUUAAAAUCGAUUAAUGUUAAAGUUAUGGUACCAUCAUUGAGAAUUAAUUCAACUAUUACAAAACUUGAUCUGCAAGAUAAUAGUAUUGGAUCACGAGGUGCUAUUUAUAUAGCAUAUUUAAUUAAAGAUAAUGAAUAUAUUGACGAAUUAAAUCUUGCAAACAAUGAUAUUGGCCUACAGGGUUGUAAAGUACUUUGCCGAGUACUUAGUUCAAAUCGUUCACUUCGCAAAAUUAAUCUUGAUGGCAAUCGUUUCAAUGAUGAUUGUGCACCAUUCUUUGCUGAAGUUUUUUCUCAAAAUGAAUUUUUAAUUUCGAUUAAUUUAAAUAAAAAUUUCUUUGAAAAUGAAACAACAGGUCGACUUUUUGGUAAAGCAUUAAGUGAAAAUCAAACAUUGGAACAUUUUUAUAUUGGUUGGAACUGCCUUUGUUCAAAAGCAUGUGGUCAUUUACUAAAACCAUUGACCUUAAAUGCACGUAUAACAUCAUUGGAUUUAUCUUGGAAUGGCGCUGGGCUUUUUGCAGCUAAAGCAAUUAGUGAAUUAUUAAGAAAAAAUACAGUAAUAGAAAAACUGUUUUUAGAUAACAACAAAUUCAAUACUGAAUGUGCUACGUAUAUCGGCAAAGGUUUAUCGAAAAAUGAAUCGUUAAAAAUCCUAACAUUAAGUGGAAAUCCAUUAGAAUCAAGUGGUUGCUAUGCUGUAUUACGUCCAUUAGUUAAACAUUCAACAUGUCAACUGCGAACCAUCGAUUUACGUGGAAUAAUUGUAAACAAAGAUUUUCUCGAGCUAGGAGCUGAACUUGCGACUGUUUUACCAGAAUUGACUGUCAGAUUAGGUAGCGAACAGGCAAAAAGUGAUUGA